AUGCAUUCGCCGGCUGCCAAAGUGUCGGGCUACAUUGUCCUGAUGAUUGUGCAAAUAAUUUUCCUGGUCCUAUUCUGGCUGUUCGUGCGUUACGAGAAAGCGGCAAUGCCGCCGGCACUCGGCGCUGAAGACGCUGGAUCAGCAAACGAACACGUUUCGAAAUAUCCGCAGUUCCAGGACAUCCAGGUGAUGAUCUUCAUUGGCUUUGGCUUCCUGAUGACCUUCCUGCGCAAGUACGGCUACAGUGCCACGGGCUUCACCUUGUUCAUGGCCUCCUUGGUGGUCCAGUGGUCCGUCCUAAUGAAGGGAUUCCUGCACAUGGAGGGCGGCAAGAUCAGCCUCUCGCUGGAGAGCAUCAUCGAUGCGGACAUUGCCGCCGCCGUGCCCCUAAUUAGCAUGGGCGCCCUGCUGGGCCGCACCACCCCCAUCCAGCUGCUGUGCAUGUCCAUCUUCGAGGUGGCCCUGUUCGCGGCCAACGAGUAUCUGGCCCUGAACGUCCUCAGCAUCUGCGACUGCGGUGGGUCCAUCACCGUCCACGCCUUCGGCGCCUACUUCGGCCUGGCCGUGGCCAUGAUGCUGCGUCCGGCCAGCGACCAGAACGAGGCGGGCAAGCACGAGGGCGCCAACUACACAUCCGACAUUCUGGCCAUGAUCGGCACCACCUUCCUGUGGGUGUACUGGCCCAGCUUCAACUCGGUCCUGGCCGCGGGCACUGGCGGCGAGCGGGCCAUUUUGAACACGUUUCUGUCAUUAGCCGCGGCAACAGUGACCACCUUCGUUGUGUCCGCACUUGUCAGCCAUGAGAAUAAAUUGGAUAUGGUGCACGUGCAGAACUCGACUCUCGCCGGCGGCGUGGCCGUGGGAACCGUGUGCAACCUGCUACUCGGCGCACACGGCGCUGUCUUAAUUGGCAUUAUCGCCGGCACGGUUUCGGUGCUCGGCUAUCGCUAUUUAACCCCCUGGUUAACGUCCAAUCUGCGGCUGCAUGACACCUGUGGCGUACACAAUCUGCACGGAAUGCCGGCCCUGAUUUCGGCCAUUGCCUCGGCUAUUUACGCCUCGAUGGCCAGCCUCGAUGACUACCAAUCGGAGUUGCAGGACAUAUUUCCGGCCAUGGUUGGCAACAAUGCCACUGCCACCAAAUUUAUGGGCGGUCUGGGCCGCAAUGCCAGCUCCCAGGCGGGCUAUCAAUUGUUUGGCAUCGCCCUGACGCUGCUCAUUGCCAUAGGCGGCGGCAUUUUGACAGGCACUGUUUUGAAGUACACCAGUUUCCGGAACCUCAAGAAGGACGAACAGCACCAGGACGAGCAGUACUGGGAGGUGCCGCCGCUGGACAACAAAGAGGAAUAUGAACUAGAAAAAGUCGAAGAGCUUUUGUUGUAGGCAUCCGAAAGGCAUCCA